GGCUUGGGCGCCGCGGUGCGCGUGCUGUUCUGGAUCGGGCUGGCGGCGUAUCUCGUGCUCAAUGUCGCGUAUGCUGUCAUGGACUUCCUCGUGUCGGCUCGUGCGCUGGACGUGUUCAGGGACUCGUGGUCAUGGCGGCUGGGCGACCGCGACUUUGCGCUGGCCAUGGACGCUGGUAUGGUGGACCGCCUCAAGGCGACCCAGUACACCGUGCUCGCGCCAGGCUACGUCGCUUCGCGCAUGUGGAUCGACCCCGAGGGCGGCGAUGCGGAUGUCGCCGUGUUCCGCACCCGUGACCCGCAGAUCAAGAUCGGCGUGGCGGCCGACGCUAUUGCGCUUGUUAUUGUGCUGGGACUGCUGUUUAUGGUGCUCGGCGCGUGGGUUGUCGGGCGGAAGGCGGAGCACAUGGGGAAGCGCACAGUUCUGCUUCUUGUUGCCAUGGCGGGGCUGCUCCUGACGACGCUCUUCGACCUUGUCGUCUCGGCACACUACGUGCUGUGGAACUGGUCCGUGGUCACGAGCUUCUCGCAGUGGGACAGCUUCGUGGCGGGAUAUGAAGCCACGGGCGCCCUGUUCGACUACAUUGCGCCGCCGGGCUUCCUGCCAGACUACCGCGUGACCGUCGACGGCUUCCCCGUCGUCAGGGCCGUGCUCGAGCCGUUCGGAAUCGUGCUCGCCUGCGCUGCCAUUGUGGUUUUGGUGCGGGCCGAGGCGCGCGACAGGCAGGCGAGCGUGGCCCAUCUGACCAACAAAUAAAGGGGCGAGGGGGAGGGGGGAAGGAAGGGG